AUGAGAACAGGGCGAGCUGCCAUAAAGCUUCUUCGUUAUCGUCCGGGACUUUUUCUGCUUACGAUACUCUUUCGGGGCGCAGAUGACCUUGUCCCAUUUCUGACCGGGCUGGUCAUGAAAGCGUUCUUCGAUACCCUCACAGGCGACGCACAAGCAGGAUCCAACCCCUGGACCUUUGUGGCACUGUUUAUCGCUGUUGAGAUUGGCGACCGGAUUGCGUUGUUUGGAUCUGCAAUCGUUUGGCCCCGCUGGUGGUACGCAAUAGAAUCACUUCUUCGCAAAAACCUAAUGGAUGCUCUGCUUAACGUGCGGACGCCACGCCGUAUUUCAAGUGCCUCCGGCGAAGUAACCAAUCGUUUUCGCGAUGAUGUAGGAGCAGUCGUUAGAUACUUGGAGCGAUACAUUCACCUGUGGGGCAACCUCAUCUUCGCCGCACUUGCUAUCGCCUGGAUGGCGCGGAUAAAUGUGAUGAUUACAUUCGUCACGGUCAUUCCGUCUAUCCUCGUUGUGAUUAUUAUUGAUGCGGCAAGAAAAUAUAUCUAUCAAUAUCGAACAGCACAACGGGUUGCCACGGCACAGGUGACAAACUUCAUCAACGAAAUGUUCCAGGCGGUGUUGGCAAUCAAGGUUGCAACGAUGGAGUCAAAUGUCAUCUCGCACUUUCACCGGCUUAACGACGGGCGACGAAAAUCGACACUGAUAGAUAACCUGUUUGAACAACUCCUACGCUCGAUUAAUCAAAAUCUUGGGAAUGUGGCAACGGGAGUGAUUCUCAUACUCGUUGCAGAAAGGAUGAAAUCGGGUGACUUUACCGUCGGGAUAUUGCCCUCUUCAUGA